GCACAGCUCUUUACAAUCCUACUGAGCCUGUCUGACAGAGAGAGCAAGACAGUGUGCGUGUUUGUGUGUGUGUGUGUGUGUGAGAGAGAGAGCUGAGAGGCAGCCAAGAUGAGAGUGUGAAGCAGUGAGAAGGAAAACCUAGAAAAAAACAGCAAAGGCGAUCAGAAAGGGGAGGAGGGCAGCAAACACAGCAAAAAGGAAAAGCAGAGUAGAUAGUCUUUGAUAGUCCUGGUGCCAAGUCAAGAGAUGCAAUGACUAGAUGACCAGCCACUAUACACACCAGCACCCUGUCCUGGAGCCUUGACAGGAGGGGACAGGAAAAAUACACACACACUCAAAGGCAAAACACUCUCUUCAACCAGUCCCACAUCCACUGGAUCAUGUCGUCUACUGGGUCAACAAACCACAACAAACGUCUGGCAUCGGAGAAAGACAACUCUCAUCGGGUUUUGGACAAUGAGUCUGCUCAGCACGUGAAGCUGAAGGAAAGACAGCGCUUUUUUGAAGAGGUCUACCAGCAUGACGUGGACAACUACCUGCCCUCCGCUCACCUGCAGGUCGAUUGCAGGAAACCCCCCAUGGGAAGUAUCUCUUCUAUGGAGGUAAAUGUGGAUGUCCUGGAGCAAAUGGACUUAAUGGACUUCUCUGACCAGGAGGCCCUGGAUGUGUUCCUCAACUCAGGCUCAGGAGCCGACGAGGGGGCGCUGGCAUCUUCACUACCAGAGAGGGAGGACGAAGAAGAGGAUGUGGACGAUGAAGAUGCACAGGUUGUGUACAGGGAGCGUGCACCUUUGACAAGGCAAGAUGAAGUUCAACGCGGCUCAAAGUCACGCAUGUCCUCUACAUCAUCGGGUUCCAGUGAUACCAGCGGGGGUGGAGUAGACACACCCGUGAUCCAGUCAGACGACGAAGAAGUCCAUGUUGACACUCUGCUGCUAACCUCUGUUCCCCACACCAGGGAUGAAGAAACAGAGGAGGAAGACGAGGUGGAAAGAUGCCUUGCGACUAAAUCUCCAUAAAGACUAAAUUUAACCCUCUUUAGACAUUAGAGUUUGUGAAAAGAGCCUGAGGUCUCUGUGUCUCAUUUUCAAUCCUUUCUUUAGAGGAAAUCCUCAGCAUGUUUGACCCGGCUGUGAAUUUCUGCAUCUUUUGAAUGUUUCGCUGAGUCCAUUGGAUUUUAUAUUUAAACUUAAAAUAUAUUUUUCCUGUUAAGUGUUUAACACUUUAUAGAAAUGUGCAUACAAACAACAUGAGUGAUCCCAUUCCAAUGUAUUUACGUUCUGUAUGUUCUGGCUGAGAUACAAAAUAGUCAGUUUAAGAUUCAAUAACAGAGGGAAACCACCCUCCAGCAAGGAUGCAGUUUUAUCAUCAAUCUUCUUUUUUCAGAAGAUCAACAUGAGGAAUCUAUUGCCACGUGCAUGUGCAAACUAUUUACAGUAUCAUGAAUGGAGCUCUGUUUGUAAAUGCAUGCAUUUUGUUGUUUGUUAGUGACUACAUUAUGUAUCUGCAGAGUUAGUCAUUGCUGUACUUAAAGUUACUCCUCUCCUCCACGUAAGGUGUGCAAUUUCGGUGUUGGAAUGUGUGUGGGUGUGUGUUUUUUUUUUGUGUGUGAGGGUGGGUGUGUGUUUGUAAUGGGUGUGGACGGGAUGGUAAAUAUUACUAUACAUGAGGUAUUCCCCUGGUGCUUCUUUCAAAGCAACCUUUUUACAGUGUUAAUCAUGACGUGUAUCUCUUCCCCACUUAAACGUCCCGCCAUGAAAUCAAUAAAAAUAAAACAAAGGUUAAAACCACUAAA